CUGAGGACACUGGCCCAACCCAACUUAAACAUAUUGAGGUUGCCGAACAGUGGGGAUUCAAUGCAACAACAGUGGGACAGGUGGAGGUGGCCAAGGACCCAUUUACAGGGACGCCGCUUUUCAUGGGUAUUCCCAUGCUCAGCAGCAGCCCCAUCCGGGGAAUCCUUGACGACAUGGAGAGUGUUCUCUAUGUCGUUAUGGACGCAGUGCGUCCAGCUGGUACUAAUAGGGAUGACGUUCAGGGCUUCAAAUUCCUGGACUCUCCAUCCCUCGCCAUCACAAGGUGGGGUUUGAUCCAAGGUGGUGGUAUCUUGCUGAAGGGCUUCAGUGUUGAUGGUAUUAGCCCUAG